AUGGAUACACCAAGCCCUAGAGACCCUCGUUUCUCACCAAGAAGUCAAGCUUCUACACUUCCAAGAUUGGAAGCAAUGCAAAGACCAUCACCACCUACUGAAGAAGAAGACACUUGGCAAUAUGAUCCCAUUGAUCCCAACAAGAUAAGCCCCAUGAAGCUUAAAGAGUUCAAUGCUAAGAGAUACACCAACUUUUCAGGAAAGCUCGAUUUCCCUUGCCCCUCAUGGAGUCAAUCAACCACCAUCACCACCAUCAUCACCACCACCCAGUGGUAUGUCAAUUCCAUAUCAAGAGAGAAGCUUGCUGAGUUCAAUCAGUUUGUCCAAACUCUUCCAGCCAGCAUGUCUUUCAAACAAGCUUGGCGCCACUACCCAUUCACCACCUUCUUCCACAACUGCAAGGAGACACCUGAGGACAUAAAAGAGCUUUUUGAGAAAGCUAAAGUUCAGCCACCUUCAAGACCCUCUACAAGAUUGAAGACCCAGGUCAAUUCUCUAUUCCCUGUCAAGUAA